CCAGAGUGUCUGGGGAAAACCAGGGUAACAGUAACACAUGAUAAUGGAGGAUAUUCUGUCUAUGAAAGAAGCAAUAGUAUCGUAUUUAGACAGAACUGGUGGGCUUCAACAGCUUUUAGAUGACUGCAAAUCAUUCAAAGAAUCCCCUCAGAGGGAUGCAGUGUAUCGCUUCAGUUUUCAUGUGAACCCCACCGACCUGAUUGAACUAGAUGGCAGAUUAGGGGACAUUGUUUUACAUGACCCGCUGAGAGCCAGAGCCUUGUUUCGGUCGGUUUGCUUUUUGUCCAUUAAAACACUGUCACUUUUGGACCACAUUCAUACGGAGAGUCAGGUAAAUGUUGUCUUGAAAGUAUCUCACCUGCCCCCGUUUCCCAAAUAUCAACUGAAUCUUUGCGAGUUUCCAAGGGGCUAUGGGCCAAUGCGACCCAUGGCCAUGGAAGGCCUUGUAAUUGCCAUGACACGGGUCACGAAAUACACACAGGGGGCUCGGUUCCUUUGUUCGAAUGAGGACUGUUUAGGUGCUGAAGGAUUUCAUCACAUUCGAGUGCACGCCCCAGGGGCCACAGAGACGGCCACAGUCAGGAGCGGCUUCACCUGCCUCUUCUGCUCCUCGCCACUGAAAGAGGACGUCAAGUCUAGAGUGCUGGGGGAUAAGCAGCUGGUGGAACUGAUACAUGUUGAUGCACUGGAUGUGCUGGGAGUUCACCCACCUUCCUCGCUCAGAUAUCAGUCUGUCACCCUGUUCCUGAGAGAUGAACUGUGCAACUCCAUGAGAAUCGGGCGGCUCUACAGGGUGGUGGGCAUUCCGGCGCACGUCCACCAGUGGCCCACUGUCACCUGGAGCGUGGAGGCCAGCAGCGUUCAUCCGUGGACGCCAGAGAAUCCCUGCAAAGUCAGUAAAAACUUCCAGGCUUUGUUUACGUCCAUGGGCGGGUCUCCAUGGAAGUUCUCUGCUGUGGUGACCAACUCAUUCGCUGCCCAGGUGGUUCCACCAGGCCUCUACACCACCCUGAAGCUGGGUCUUCUGCUGAGCCUGGUUCAUAGCGGAGACACAGACCUGGACUCACACACGUGGCUGGAUGUGCUGGCACUUACCAGCGAUACUCUCAUCAUAGACAGACUCAUGACGUAUAGUCUAGCCUUGGCCGCACGUGGUGUCCGCCACCACACUACAGGAGAGCUGUUUUCGUUGCUGUCGAAGGACGAGCACGGCGUUGGCACAGCAAACAUCCACGCCGGCUCUGCCCUGCUGGCCACUGGAGGGGUGUGCCUACUAGGUGAUCUCAGCAUCUACAGAAAGGACAAGAUGGAUGCCCUCCAGUCAGGCCUGGAAGGCAGGGCAGUGUCCGUCUUCAUUCCUGGGAAGAAGUACGGAGAGGACUCAGACCAGCAACUCUCCUUCCCCCUGCAGUGUAACUUCUGGGCGUUGGCCAACACGGCCACUACCUCAAAGAAGUCAGCCAAGAACGACACCGUAGCCUUGGGCUCAGUGGAGAUCGGUUCAGUCCCACCUCAGGUAGCCGAGACGUUUGGCCUGAUGGUUCAGUGUCGAGACCUUGGAGGAGAUCAGGUCUCUCUCCCAAUAACGGUGCACACUCUUAGACAAGCCAUCCAGCCAGGGGAGCCUCUCUACCCAGCCUGCAUGCAGUUUACCACACAAGACUACAAAGAGCUCCUGGCCUUUGCGCGGAGUCUACAGGUGGAGAUGAGCCCACAAGCAGAGAAGAUGAUACAUGGCUACUACAUGGCCAGCCGUAGAGUUCGCUCCGACACCACGCAAGGCUCCUCUGUGUCAGUUGCCUCCAUCAAACUACUGAUUGCACUGGCUGAGGCACACAGUAAGCUGAGCCUAAGGAACCGGGUUAUGGAGGAAGAUGCCCUCAUUGCUGUACUGCUCUGUGAGAACUCAAUCACACUGAGGCAUGGGGUCUCUGCGCUUGUUAUUCCACCAGACGCAGUCUUUCCCUGUGAUCUCCAUGACCUGGAGUCUCUGCAGAGACGGGACUUUGCCCUGGAGGAGCUGCACCAGCAGGUCCUUCAGUUCGUGUUCGCCUACGCACCCGGGGCCACCAGCUACAUCACCGAGGAGUAGGUCCGGCGCUCCGCAGAAGAGAGAAGGUAGCUGGGGCACAGGAUGUACUUUUUAGAGGUCAUUUUUAUUAGGUCAGAAAAGGAGGCCACUUUCUGACGAGGACACUGACCAGAUAAUAGAUAGGAGGGGAAAUAUUUUACUGCCACAAAGAUUAUUUUUAAGAUGGGUAUUUAUUGCAUUUACACUACGCACUACAAAUACUACAAAUAUUUAUUUCAUGUGUACAUAUUUUUAAUUAGCAAUACUAGUUAUUUAUUGUAUCCCUAAUGUAUAUCAUAUUGAAACCAUUAUUGUACUUAAAAUCACCCCAUACUUCCAGUCAAAUUGAGUUUAAGAAAGAAAACUCAAAUACAAUUGUCAAGUCCAUUACAUAAUAAA